CCCCAUGGCGACCAGCGAGCCGGAGGCGGGGCCGCCUCUGUGGCCUGUGGAGGCCCGGUUGGCGGCGCUGCUUCCGGACCUGCUGGUCUUUAGGAAGCCGGCGGAAUCAGAACCCGAACUCUCCACGUCCCAGGGUGUCCUUCUAGGCGUCCACGUGACUGGGUUUACAGCAUUAAUGGAUAGGUUCAGACUGACCUGCAAGCCGGAACAUGACAUGGAAAAACUGGCCCACAUCUUCAGUUAUUACAUUAGUGACAUCGUAGAGCAUGUUCUCUGUUUUGGAGGGGAUAUCCUAAAUAUCACAGGGAAUGUACUCCUGGCACUAUGGACAGUGGAACAGAAUCAACUGAGCGACAUCAUUACUCUGGUGGCCAAGUGCAGUCUGGAAAUACAGGAGAAAUUUGGUAUCUACCAUACCACAGAAGGCCAGGACCUGCAGCUAAAAAUUGGUCUGUCUGCAGGUCGGAUUUCCCAGGUUAUUAUUGGUGAUGAGCAGCGACAGUACCUCUUGGUGAUUGGGCAGGAUGUAGAUGGUAUCAGGUUAGCUCAGCGUUUGGCUCAGGCAAAUGAAAUUGUCCUGUCCUGGAACUGCUGGAAGCUCUGUGAGCAGUACAUGUUUGAAGUGGAAAUCAUGAGGGAGGAUGAAGCUGUGAAGUUAAGAGAUAUUCGGAUCAUUGACCCAUUUGAUUUUGAUGAGCAUUUUGAAAAGUGCCUUGAUUAUCUGCCACAUUACCGUACAAGUACUGAGUCACUAAGAACUGCACUGGAAUUAGAUCCAGACUCUGCACUUGAACAAACACUGCGGAAGCACAUAAUGAAAACUCUUUUGAAGAAGAUUGAUGAAGGCCAGCCUGUGGAGUAUAUAUCAGAAUUCCGUACAGUGACUUUGGUUUUGGUCAACCUGGAGUUCCACAAGGCAGCCUGGUUGUUGCAUUUGUGCCAUCUCAUCCAGGAGGCUGCCUUGUAUAUCUCUACAGUCAUCGAGAAAGGGGGUGGCCAGCUGACCCAGGUCUUUAUGUUUGAGAAAAGCUGCAUGUUCCUCUGUGUUUUUGGCCUUCCUGGGGAUAAGAAGCCCGAUGAGUGUGCACAUGCCCUGGAGAGUUCCUUCAGCAUCUUCAGUUUCUGCUGGGAAAAUCUUGCUGAAACAAAGCUUGUUUCCAUCAGUAUUACCAAUGGACCAGUAUUCUGUGGUUUGGUGGGGGCAGUAGCAAGACAUGAAUAUACAGUUAUUGGCCCAAAAGUGAGUCUUGUGGCCAGAAUGAUAACAGCUUAUCCAGGCUUGGUGUCCUGUGAUGAAGUAACAUAUCUAAGAUCCACACUGCCUGCUUACAACUUCAAGAAACUGCCAGAGAAAAUGAUGAAAAAUAUUUCCAACCCAGGGAAGAUGUAUGAAUACCUCGGCUAUAAAAGAUGCAUAAUGUUUGGGAAGAGACAUUUGGCCAGAACAAGUAAUAAAAUUCACCCUUUGUUAGACAGGGAGAAAGAGCUGGACGUCUUCAUUUUGGCACAGCAGGAGUGUUUGCACCAGAGGAAAGGAAGAGCAGUUCUAUAUGAGGGUGGAAAAGGCUAUGGAAAAAGCCAGUUGUUGUCUGAAAUAAACUUCCUAGCCCAGAAGAAAGGUCAAAGGGUGUUGCCACUAAUGCUGAAGGAAGCAGAUGCCAAGCAGUACUUCUAUGCCAUCCAGACGCUCAUGGCCAUCUUCUUUGAUAUUGAUAUAUGCCCCGCCUAUUGUCGACAAGAGUGCCUACAAAAAUAUCUCUCUGGGAUGAUGGAUGAACCUCUUUACUGCCUUUUUAAUGACAUCUUCUUUGUUAAGUUUCCCUUAUCGUUCAAAGUUUCACAUAUGGAUGAACUGGCAAGACAAAAGGAGGUUAAAACAUAUUUUAUUCAAGUGCUUCAGGAGGCAGUGAGAGAAGCAUCAUUGGUUUUCCUCUUUGAUGAGGCCCAAUAUAUGGAUGCAGCUUCCUGGGAGUUUUUGGAAACAUUGCUCUCCAGUCUGCCUAUCACCAUGGUGAUGACAUUGACAACUCCCAUCAGCCUGUGUACUGGGGCCCUGCACUUCCUGCAGAGCCCUCAGGCUAUCCUUGUGCCAGUUCCAAAGUUGGCAGCAACCUCGCUGUUGAGAAUGGCAUGUUGGGAACUAGGGGUGGUGAGCAUCCCCAAAGAACUGCAGAUGUGCUCUGGAAACCCCUUGUACUGUGAGGUGCUGUGCCAAGACCUUCUCUCUAAGGAUAUACUGCUAUUUCAUAAUUUAAAAGAGGAGGAAGAAGAGAACAGCAAGUGGGAAUCACUCUCAGCUAAUGCCAUAAAAUCCACGAUGUAUACUAUUUGUCCUGCCAGCUUUGAAGAAGAACAGGAACUUCAUGUCUGCACAGUCAAAGAUGAUGUGAACUUGGAUACAGUUCUUCUGCCACCACUCUUGAAAGAAAUAGCUGUAAACCACAUGGACCAACUGAGCCCCGAAGAACAGUUGCUGGUCAAGUGUGCUGCAGUCAUCGGUCACUCCUUCCAUGUAGCUCUGCUGCAGCACCUCCUGCCUGGCUGGGAUAGAAACAAACUACUGCAAGUGUUGAGGACUCUUGUGGAUGUGCAUGUGCUCCACUGGCUCAGUGAGAGCCAAGAGCUUCCUGCUGAGUCUACAUUAGCACCUCAUUCCAUUAGCAACCAAACCAGCAACCAAACCAAAGAGAAGAGAAAGUCAGAUGCUGGCUCAGCCUCUCUUCUCAGGCUUCAAGAAGAAAUGCCCCUAUGUCAAACUAACAUGCUAGAAUUUGGAAUGCCUCUGUUGCGGGAAGCUGCCUGGGAGCUGUGGCCUAAGGAGCAACAGAUAGCUUUGCAUCUUGAAUGUGCCUGCUUUCUCCAAGACAUGGCCUGCCGCUGUAGCAGCUGCCACGGAGGGGACUUUGUCCAUUUCCAUCGUUUCGCAGUCUCUUCUACCAAGAACGCUAGCAGGACCUCUAGAUUCUGUACUUACAAAGACACAGGCUCAGUGCUAACACAAGUGACCACAGACAAAUUACAACUGCCUUCUCCCCAAGAUAGUCUUCAUUUCCAGGAAACAACCUUCAGAAGUCAGGAGGCCUUCUCAGGUGAACACUGCAGAACAGAGGAGGAAUUCCUGGAUCAAGUAAACAGGCAAAUGGCUCAAAACAACCUGAAGAAAGACCGGCCCUGCUACUGCAGACAGAUCCUGAUGUUAGUGCUCUCCCCACUCAUCCAGCACUGUCUCAUCAUUGGAGAAACCACCUGCACAUUUUAUUACCUGCUGGAGGCUGCCGCUGCCUCCCUGGACCUGUCAGAUAAUUACCUGGCCUUCUUUUAUUUGAAGAAAGCAAGCAAUCUUCUGGGACAAUCUUCAGCAUUCUUGUUCUUGAAAAAACACAAGGUAAAGAUCUGUCCAUUUGAGGAAGCUACUUUCUGCCAUCUCCGGUCAGAGGUCUGUUUCAACAUGGGACAGAUCACCUUGGCCAAAACAUUGGCUAGACAAGCCCUUCAUCUGCUAAAAAGGAAUUUUCCUUGGACCUGGUUUGGUGUACUUUUCCAAAUAUUUCUGGAAAAGUAUUGGUAUUCCAGUUCCCUAAGACAUCCUCUGAACAGCCUCCACGAGAACAAGAAGCAGCUGGCAAUCCUGCAGCAGCAGGUGCAUUGCCUCUCCCUGCUCUGGCAGCUCUAUAACCGGGAGGCCACAGCCAGCGGCCGCAGGUUUGCCUACCUGGCCACACUUAUGCAGAAGAAUUCAGCUGAGGAGUCUGCAAAUGAAACCCAGGUUGUCUCGACCUACCUGGACCUCUCCCAGUUCUCCCAGAGCAUGGGUAACAGGGAGAAGUGGCUGCAGUGUGAACAGAUGGCCAUUCAGAAGAGCAGCCUAUGCUUGUUCUCCAGGGAGGGACUGCUGUCCACAGCUCACCUCAUGCAGGCCUUGGCAUACACCAAGUUGUGCCUCGGCCAUCUUGACUUCUCCAUCAAGCUGGGUUUUCAAGCCCAUGAAUUAUGCAGACACCUCAAGAAACCAGCUCUGGAUAAUUUGGUUCUCUCAGUUCUCUUUAGAUCUACAUUUCUGAGAAAGAAAUUUGAUCUGUGUAUCCAUGUGCUGGAGAGUCAGUGGAUGCUCAUUUCUCAGGGUCAUGAUGUCCUUGGUCUGGCCUGUUUCUACUCUGCUUGCUUAGACCUGCUGCUGUACGGAAGAGGAUUGCUGUGUCGACCCUUCUGUGAGUGCCUAAAUUUCACUCAACACUAUGAACACAGCUGCAUUCUGACCUCUCAGUGUGGUAUUAUGCUGGGGCUCCACUCUUCUCUGGCCAUGUGGUUUGCCCAGAACUCACAGUGGAACCGGUUUGAGCAUCACUUCUCCAAGGCCUGCCAAUUGGUAAAAAGAACCAACGCCUCACUGUUUGGUUCACAUGGCUUCGUCCGAUUCUUAGAGUGCAAUGUGCUCAUGUUGCAGAAAAUGCCAAAGGAUGCCUUCAAGCGCAGUCCCUCAGAGUCGUACAGACAAACCCUCCAGUAUUUUAAGGACUUCUUCUCUCGAUGUGUGACCUGCCCCGUCUAUCACCAUUGGGUCUCUGAGCUCAAGGCCACUGUAAUGAGAUGUGGGAAGAGAGAAUCCAUGGCCUUAACCAAUAUCAUCAGACCUCUUGAUACCUGUCUGGCCACGAUUUCGAUACAGGGAGAAUUCCUAGAGGAAAACAACUCUUUGGAAAACAAACUUAGAACUACAAAAAUUUGACAGAGUGGCUGGUAACAAGGAAAAUAAAGAUGCAGAAGAAACUCAAGAAUUGUUAAAACAAAAGAAAAAAAUCUAAAGAAAGAAUGGCAAUUCUCCUACUGCAUAUAAUAAGAAAAUGCCUCUAAGACCCCUUUAAAAGAUAUGUUUAGAUAUCAAACAUACUAGCCUUUUGUAAUCACUGCUGUUUAUAUCUUUAUCUAAAUAAAGCUGUGUUUCUAAAGCA